UGACCAAAUCAUUCGUGAAAGGAAAAUAAAAAAAAAUAAAAAAUAUAAUGUAUACACACCAUCAAUGAUGAAUGUAUAAUAAGAACGGAAAUAAAAAUUACACGUUUUCUACCGUAUAACUUUGGAUAAAAAUAAAAAUGAUUCUAGUAGUCUGAGAAUGUCAGGAAUGAAUGAACCAAUGAAUUAAUUAGUUUCGCAAUAAUUGUAGUAUCAUUAUUUGUAAAUUUUGUAAUCAAUUUUUUUUUAUAUAAAGUUAUUUGUUUCACCACAAUGUUCAUCAUCGCGAGUGAAAGGAUAAAAAAAAAACAAAUAUAUAUAAAAAGAAGGAAAUAAUUUCUAGUCUGACACGGUAUUGUUUACGCCUUGAUUUUUUUAUUUAUUUUUUUUUUUAAAUUAUAUCACCUGUCAUUCUAUCUACUCAUUUAGAAGAAAUACCUAUAGGAAAAGUGAUGUAGGGUUCGACCUCCAAUGAUUGAUACCUUUCGAAGUUGACACCACUGAGUAAGCAACCACCCACCUACUCACCCACCCUCUCAUCCCUUCCUAUUUUCCCUCCUGUUACGAAUAAAAACGAUCUCAAUAUCAGUGUGAUCGCAAUUGUAAAAGCGUGUUGUAUAGGUGAGAGGCCGUGUCUGCGGUGUGUCCCGUUAGGGGACCUAGAAGGGGCCCACCACCGGGGCCGGAGAGUCAAUCGUAUCGAGUUUGGUCCCGGACACAUUACGGAACGGAUCCUCGUCCGUUCUGGAUCGGAUCAGAUUGAAUUGUGAUCGGAUCGUUUGUGUUUUAUUAUUUUAUUGUUUGUUAUUAUCGUUUCUUCGAUGAUUACUAUGCAAUCGUUGAAACAACAACUUGUCAUCGUUGAUCAUUUAUCUCAAGUUCGCGAUAUUUGUUUUUUAUUGAAUGAAAUAUUUUGAUCAUUUAUUUUUGUGAAACACUGCCAGUUCCCCCCAAUAGGAGGAACUCAAAGGAGGUGAGAUUGUAUCAUGGGCCGCACAGGAUACACGUGCAUUAGGCACGUCUUCUGUUCCCUCAACGUUCUCAUAUGGUUAUGCGCUUGUGGAAUUUUGGGUGCUGGCCUUUGGUUGAGAUUGGCAUAUUCCGGAUACACAACUUUGGUACCACAAUACAGUUUCGCAUCUGCUGAUUCUUUGCUAUUAGCUGCAGGAUGUGUUACAUUUGUUAUCGCUUUCUUCGGAUGCUGUGGAGCUUGGUUCCAAUCAAGAUGCAUGCUGAUCACGUACUUCAGCCUUGUUAUAUUGAUGUUCCUGGCUGAAUUCAUGCUCGGUACACUCGCAUUUAUAUUUCGCGAGCAUCUUGCUAAGAGCCUUAAAGAAGAAUUAUUAUUUGGUAUUGAAAGGCAUUACAAUUUAACCAGGGAACCUGGUACUUUACCUGCCGUAUGGGAUCACAUACACACCGAAUUUCAUUGCUGCGGUGUACGAGAUUACACCGAUUGGUAUCAAAUAAAUGCAUGGCCAACGGAAGAUCGAGUACCAGAUUCUUGUUGUAUACAACGAGAAAGGUAUUGUGGUAGAUUAGAUCCUGAAGGUAUGAAGAAAGAACUUUGGUACAAGGAAGGUUGUGCAUCGGCCAUACAAAUGUGGUUGGUUACCAGGUUACAUGUUGUUGGUACUGUCGGAUUGGUAGUUGCAUUUCUUCAAUUAUUUGGACAAGUAGCAAGUAUGAUACUUUUCUGUACGGUCAGGCAAAAGAAAUCAUCUCACACUUACAAGAGUUAUGAUACAACCAAUACCUAGAAUUUCCGUUGGAUCUUAGAAGAGAAUAGCCUCUAAGAUCCACUAAUCAAAAUUUGUUUUUUUUCUUUAGAUAAUCGAUAAAUUUGUAUUUUCGAUUAACAAUGAUCGAUUGAUCAUCAUCUUUUGAAUUGACGAUUGUGUUAUUAUCGUUAAUACGAGAUUAUACAGGUUUUUGUUUUUUUUUUUAUUUUAAUAUAAACGAAUGUAUACGAACAAAAGACGAAGAAUUACGAAGAGAAAGUAUGUAAUUAUUAUUUGAAAAAUAUUUCCUUCGUUUAUUCUGAUCUUAAUACUCUCAUUCGUGGUAUUUCCAAAAAAAAAAAAAAAA